AUGCACUUUGCCAAGAAGCACAACAAGGAAGGCUUGAAGAAGAUGCAGGCCAACAACGCAAAGACAUUGAGCGCAUGCGCAGACGCCAUCAAGGCCCUUGGGAAGUCUAAGUCGGUUAAACCCAAGAUGCCAAGGGCCCCAGUUGCAAACUCAGCCGUCUUCCUGGGAAGCUUGGGAAGUGGAUUCGAAGCUAUGUGGCCAAGGAUCAUAGACGCUGCCAACCAAAGCACAAGGCUCAAGGCAGAGGCUUCAGCCCCAGUUCAGGCCCCCAAAAGUGCACAGGCCUCUGUGAAGUCCCCAUAG